AUGGUGUCCAAUAGCACAGAUCUCACUUCAAAACCUUCAUUGCGCUGGAAAAUCCUCCGCCGGGCCCUUCUUCACCGUCCGUCAUCUGAUUCUGAAAAUCAGCCCGAAAUCGGUUUGAAUCAGAUAUCUAGAAAAACGAGAAUUGGGUUUAAUUUGAUACCGUGCUAUAGAAUAAAUAAUGACGAUCUAGUUGAAGAAAAUUCAGAUUCUGUGUCCAAUAGCUUCAGAGAUGCUUGUUACUGUUACAUAUUACCUGUUUCUAAUGCUCCCAAGCUUCUUAUACACAAAAGAGUGGAAGAUUGCGUGGAUCUCAAGGAUUUUGAAGCUUGUAACAGAUAUGGCAUUGACAACACGGGGCUUGUUUGUCAGUGGCCAUCAGAGGAUGUCCUUACCUAUUAUUGCUUGUCGCAUGCUGAUAUGUUCAGGAGUAAAAGAGUAAUCGAACUUGGAUCAGGCUAUGGCUUAGCUGGCUUAGUUAUUGCAAUGGUCACAGAUGCAUUAGAAGUAGUGAUCUCAGAUGGAAAUCCUCAAGUUGUUGAUUACGUCCAGCGUAACAUAGAUGCCAACUCAGUUGCAUUUUGUGGUACAAAGGUAACAUCAAUGAUGCUGCAUUGGGAUCAUAAUGAUGUCUCAAGUGUAUCCAGUACCUUUGACAUUGUCAUUGCAAGUGACUGCACUUUCUUCAAAGAAUUCCACAAAGGCCUUGCGCAAACUAUCAGAUGCUUGCUUAAAGAAGAAGGCCCGUCUGAAGCCAUACUUUUUAGCCCCAAAAGAGGUGAUUCGUUGGAUAAGUUUCUGGUAGAAGUUAAGGAUAAUGGGUUGAACUUCAGCAUAACUGAAAUGUAUGAAAACGAAAUUUGGAGGCGUCAUCAAGUAUUCAUUGACGGGGAUAACUCCUGGCCAAACUAUGACAAGGAUCACUGCUACCCUUUAUUCGUCAGAAUUACACUGUGA